GAUGCAGGUCCUUGACUUUGAGCCGACGACGGUCACGCUCUUCUGGGCCGACGCCCACGCCUCGGCGUACGAGGUCGAGUGGAAGCACGCGGACGCUGCGGUGUACAACCCGCUGACCUUGAAGAGCACGGUCAUGAAGAAGAAGAACAUGGAGGGCGGUCAGAGCUAUCACUUCCGCGUCAAGGCCGUUGGCGACGGCGCCUUCUCCGAGCCAUUGGUAUGGGCGCACCCGGCCAUUGACGGCGCCCAGCCGCCCGCACCCACGGUCGCCCUCGAGAUCAUGCCCACGGACGUUCAACUCGCGAGCGCCACGAUCCAAUGGCCUGCCAUCGCCGCUAGCCCCAAGUACGAGGUGCAGUACGUCCUCAUGGACGGCGCGUCCGAGUGGACGACGGCGACGAGCACGGUCGCGUCGACGGCGAUCAAGAAGAAGAACCUCGCUAACCCGGGCCGCCCGUAUGCGUUCCGAUACCGCGCCUACGGUCUCGACAGCUGGGGCGUUUGGAGCCGAGCGGCUGGGCCCAUCAUGCCGCCGACGCCGGCGCUGGCGCUCGCCAAGGCGCUUGCACCGUCGCUCCUCUCGACGACCGGUGAUCGUGUGCCGUCCGCGACCUUGGGCGGCAAGGUCAUCGGUCUCUACUUUAGCGCGCAUUGGUGCGGCCCGUGCCGGCAGUUCACCCCGAUGCUCGCGCAGUUUUACCAGUCGAUGAAGCGCCUCGGGCGGCCGUUCGAAGUCGUGUUCGUCUCGGCCGACCACGACGCCAAGCAGUUCACGAGCUACUUCCGCGACAUGCCGUGGCUUGCGGUGCCAUACGAGAGUGCGGAGCGCGAAGAGCUGCAAGAGACGCACCAGAUUCAGGGCAUCCCGACCUUCAAGAUCCUCAACAGCGCCGGCCAAGUCGUCGACAACGACGCCCGACAGCGCCCAAUGAACGAGCAAACGUUUGAUGCGUGGUAUGCCCAGUGCUACCGCCACUAAGCUUGGAAUCGGACAUGUCCUCGUUCCGUACCCUAAAUCGGUUUCAUCUUCCA